CCAGAGAGCAGAGUCAGGGAUCUCCCCAGCACAGACCCUGGGACAGAGCAGGCUCCUCAGAGCUCCGCCAUGUCUGCACCUGCCUCCCAGCCCCAGCGUCCCUGUCCUGUCCUGCUGCUGACCCUUCUGCUGGGACUCACAGGAGCGGCUGCACAGGAGCUGCAGGUGAUCCAGCCUGAGAAGCCAGUGUCUGUCGCUGCUGGAGAGUCGGCCACUCUGCACUGCACUGUCACCUCCCUGCUCCCUGUGGGGCCCAUCCAAUGGUUUAAGGGGGCAGGGCCAGGCCGGGAGCUGAUCUACAACUACUUCGGAGGCUACUUCCCCCGAGUCACAGAUCUCUCGGAUACCACAAAGAGGGACAACAAGGACUUUUCCAUCCGCAUCAGUAAUGUCACCCCAGCAGACGCCGGCACCUACUACUGUGUGAAGUUCCAGAAAUCGACCCCUGUUGAUAAGGAGUACAAGUCUGGACCAGGCACCGAGUUGUCUGUGCGAGCCAGACCUUCCCCCCCUGUGCUAUUGGGUCCUGAGACGAGGGCCGCACCUGGGCAGAUGGUGAGCUUCACCUGCAAGUCCCACGGCUUCUCCCCCAGCAACAUCACCCUGAACUGGUUCAAAAAUGGGAAUAAAUUCCUGCACAUCCAGACCAACGUGGACCCCAGAGGAGAAAGUGUGUCCUUCAGUUUGUCCAGCACAGCCCAGGUGACCCUGGCCCCCGGGGACAUCUACUCUCAGAUCAUCUGUGAGGUGGCCCACAUAAGCCUGCAAGGGGGCCCUCCUCUUCGUGGGACUGCCAACUUGGCUGACACCAUCCGAGUUCCACCCACCCUGGAGGUCACCUCACAGCCCACCAUGGCAGGGAACCAGGUGAACAUCAUCUGCCAGGUGAUGCAGUUCUACCCUCAGAGCCUACAGGUGACCUGGGUGGAGAAUGGAAAUGUGUCCAGGACAGAGACAGCCUCAACCCUGUCAGAGAACAAGGACGGGACCUUCAACGUGACGAGCUGGCUGCUGGUCAACUCCUCUGUGCACAGGGAGGACGUGACGUUCACCUGCCGGGUGGAGCAUGACGGGCAGCCAGCCACCACCAGGAGCUACACCCUGAAGGUCUCUUCAAGUUCCAGGGAGCAAGGCCUGGACAACACCCCCGGUGAGGGAGCAGUGAAGUCUACACUUGUUUCAUACCUCAUAGGCCUGUUCCUUGGCCUCAAGAUCCUACUGGCAGUUGGUGUCUCUGCCAUCUACGUCCACAGGAAGCAGAAGUCCUGACUAUCCUGCAUCACUCCCUGCUACCUUGGACUCUCAGUCUCUGCCACCUUCUUCCUGCUCCAAGGUGCUCAGCCUGAGAGAAGGAGCUGCCCAGAAGCCUCUGUAGCCUCUGCUCCAAAUGUCUCCUCCCAGGACACCAGCCCACAGGCCCCUGUUGCACCUCUGCCCAGUCCUUGAUGCCCCAUGGCUGAGUCUGCACUCAUCAUCCUGAGCAGGGCCAUGGGUCCUGUCUCUGGACAGAAACUCAUGACACCUCCCCAGAUGGUGACAAGCAAGACCCACCUGACCACGUCAGGAAACCUCUUCUCCAUUGCCUCGGGCUUGGCCAUCAAGCACCCCAAGUCCUUGCUCUCAAGAGUCACUCAGCCAUCUUUUUCCUGCCUACCCCUCCUCCCCAGCCUUGUUGAGGUUCUCACAUGAAACUCAUUCUGUUUAAUAUGAAAAAUUAUGCUCCUUCCUCUUUACCUAAGUUUCCUAUGCCUCAAACCCAGCCCAGAAAGAAAAAAGAAAGAAGGUGCACCUUAAAUUCAGUGAUUUUCUUCUUUAACACCUCUGAACAA